AAGCAGCAGCGGCUCGGCACAGAACGUCAAGCAGCUUGAGCCACGCCGGAGAACCCGCACCACUGGCCGCCAGAGGCGUGCGCAACCUCGGCGGAAGUGCUCCAAGAGUAGAGGACCAUUUGUUGGAUUAGACAUUUAUUUAAACCUCUCAGCUUGGGCGACAGCGAAGUGUUUUCCGGUUCAAUUUGGGAGUAGUGUAAGCGGUGGUGGUGUCGGUGAGUUCAGGGAGGAAGAUGCAGUUGUGUAGCCGCUCGGUGCGCCGCGGAGUCCGACGCCGAUGCUGGUGAUGCCCCCCGCCGUGCGGGGAUCACCAGUGCCCAGCAGCAAUAGCGGGAGGAGGAAGAGGAGGAGGAGGAGGGCGGCAAAACAGGGCGGUCGAAGACGAUGAGUUUGAGCUCGAGAUCAUGGCUAACGGAACCGGUACUAUCAUGUUAAAAUGUGUCGUGGUCGGUGACGGCGCUGUGGGAAAAACGUGUCUUCUCAUGAGCUACGCCAAUGACGCCUUUCCAGAGGAAUAUGUUCCAACAGUUUUUGAUCAUUAUGCAGUGAGUGUCAAUGUUGGAGGAAAACAGUACUUGUUGGGACUGUACGACACAGCCGGUCAGGAGGAUUAUGACCGACUGAGGCCAUUGUCCUACCCGAUGACCGAUGUCUUUCUCAUCUGCUUCUCUGUGGUUAACCCUGCCAGUUUCCAGAACGUGCGUGAAGAAUGGGUGCCUGAGUUGCAGGAGUAUGCACCCAGUGUCCCCUAUCUGCUCAUUGGCACCCAGAUUGAUCUACGUGACGAUCCCAAGACCAUCGCCAAACUGAACAAUAUGAAGGAGAAACCUAUAGCGACUGAGCAAGGCCAGAAACUGGCAAAGGAGAUUGGUGCCUGUUGCUAUGUGGAAUGUUCCGCACUGACCCAGAAAGGCCUGAAGACAGUGUUUGAUGAGGCCAUCAUUGCCAUUUUGGCUCCCAAGAGAAAGAAAGGAGCUCUGAAGAGAAGACUGGGGCCCCAUUGCAUCAACUGCUGCCUAAUCACAUGAUACAUACACACGCCAUCAUUUAGCGGCAAACUAUACAUGUGUGUUGGACUUACAGAAUGAUGUCAAUUGAGCACAGACAAAGAAGAGCGCUGAAGGGUUCACUUCCAAGCUGCAACGCACUCGAAAGUUUAUGACUUUGAAAAAAAGGAGCACAAAACUCAAGAGACUGUAUGUUUGCAUUAGAAACGGUAGUUGUUUUUUUUUUUGCUUGAUUUAAAAAAAUGACUUCACACUAUGAAUAUAUAUUCACUUUUGAUGCCAUCAAGAGAAGCACAGUUAGCACUCAUGCCCAUUGUUGUGCUGCCAGUUUCCCUCAUUUGUCAGGUGACAACCGAUACAGUAAAGCAGGGUUUUUCAAAGUGUGAAGUAAAGUCUUGCCAGGAAGCCACCAGGAGAUUUCAGGGGAAAUGCAACAGCUUCAGCAAAAAGAAGAAAAUAAUUGAUUUCAAAUCUGCUAUGCUAACUCAGUUGUCACAAUUAAAUUUGCUUUUUAGCUCCUACAGUGAGUGCCUAGAGCAGGAGUGUCCAAAGUGGGGACUUAGGGGGGGUCAUUUGCGGCCCGUAGCUGUUUUAAAUAUAAUUUAAAAAUAUAAUAAUUAAUAAUUAAUUAAUAAUUAAUAAUUUAGUAAGAAAACCAAAAAACAAAAACAGCAGCAAAAAAAUGACAAAUCUGCAGUAAUUUUAGAAGAAUAAAGUCAAAAUACUGAGAAAAAGUCGUAUUCUAACAAGAAAAAAGUCAAAAUUUUAUGAGAAUAACCUCUUAGUAUGAGGAAAAAUAAUGUCAUUUUAGUGGCAGAGAGUGGAAAUAUAAAAAGUCGUAACAACAAACAAAACAAAAUAAAGUUGCAAUUUUUGGAGAAUUAGGUUGGAGGGAAAGUUAUAACGAUCCGUUUUAAUAACGAUUUGUAUCAUGAUUCGUGGUUGCCGAUGUGAUUCAAGGACGAUAUUGGUUCAUUUAGAAUGAUACAAUACGAUACAAAACAAUUCAGUAACUUAAGUCAUUUCAGUAGCUUUUUACCCAAAAAUUCUACCAGUGUGAUUGUGAAAUAAAUACCUGGAUGCUGGGCAGUUCAGGUGAAGUUUCAUAGAUUCCUGUUGUUUUUUGUAAGGGAAUCAGGGAUAAAUUAAUUCUGAAUAUAAGCAAACAAGUAAACAACGGCAAAUGCGUUCUCAUUUUAUUUGAAUGAAGUGCACGCAACACUUCAAUGUUCAAUAGAUUUUCAAUAAAAGUACAAUAAGUGCAGUAAAAGCUGACGUUACCUUGCGCUGCUGCUGCAGCGGGAACGAGAGGUGCCUGGACGGUCAGCGUUGUGUGAAAUCCGAUGGCGCCUUAGUAGGUGGCUGGAGAGAUUUGUAGUGUUGCCAUGUAUUUUACCUGACCUUUAUAUAUCCUACAAACAGCGAGCGACUAAUUUAGAACAGCUCCCUUUUUGCAAAAGCCAAAGUGUUUCCACACACUGGAGCGCAUGGUGGCUUAAUUAUUUCUCACCUGCCAGUUUGUCCUCUGCCAUCUGCCAUGCUACGUUUUGUUGUCUAGUAAUGUUUAACAUCUUUAUCAUUAAAAGUGCUAAAAAAAAAACUACAUCCACAUAACAUAUCUGCCGAUUGAUUGCCUUUUAAACAGUGUUUGUUCGAUAUGUCGUCCGGAAUGGCAACUUUCCAAACACAGAUCAAUUUAGUUGGACCACAGGAAUAUAAGUCGAUACAUCGACGUAAUAGAUGAGUCGCUAUGCCCCUAAUAUUAUGGGAAUCAAGUAAAAAUAUGGGAAUAAAGUGAGAAUAUUAUGAGAAGAAAAUGUAGAAUUUUUGUUUUUAAGUUGAAAAAAAUGUAUUUAAUCUAUAUAUCAAAGCUGAGAAGUUUUUCUUCAAGUAUAUGUAAGUUCAUAGCAUAUCUACAUCUGUUGCACAAAAUAUCAAAGUGACGUUUGCAUCCUUUCAUUUUGCAGUAUGUGGCCCUUAGUGGAAAACGUUUGGACACCCCUGGACGAAACUCUGGAGUAACCAAAAAAACAGAAAAUAUGCUCCUGAAAAUCUUUGUUUGUGGUGUAGGGGAGGCCCCAGCCAUUUAUUUUUUCUGCCACACUUUAAAGACCGCUGGAUGAAACCAGAAAUCAGAAAGUGACAUGUUGUAUCAACAAAGUAUUUUGGACCUAGAGUUGUCUAUUUUUAACGUUAACGUUUUGUUUUGAAUUUUGGUCAUGCAAUAGUGUGUACUUUUAUUACUUUUAGGGUGUCAAAGGAGGAUAGACAGAUUAUCUUUUAGAAAUGAUGCAUAUAUAA